CAGCAUCUCUAGUAGGGCCUAGGUUUUCUAGCGAUGGCGUCUCGAAGCGCCCGGCGAGCAGGGAUUCGCUUGGCGGACCUUUUGCGGGGAUCAAUCACAGGCGCGAAUGCUACUCCAGCUUCAUCGAGCAUGGCGAUCGCGCCGGGGGACAUUGCUCCCCCUGGUGCUCGAUUUGCUUCGACUCAAGUUUUACGAAACCGAAUGAAGAGUGUCCAGAGUAUUCAGAAGAUCACAAAGGCGAUGAAGAUGGUUGCUUCAUCUAAGUUGAGGCAAGUGCAAGCCAGGGCAGAGAAAUCGCGUGGAGUGUGGCAGCCAUUCACAGCUUUGCUGGGUGAUGCUCCAGAUACGUUCCCCAAAAAAACUGUUCUUCUGUGCAUCACGUCUGACAGAGGUCUUUGCGGUGGUAUCAAUUCUUCCGUUGUUCGGUUUGGCAAAGCUAUGCUCAAAGUCGCCAAAAACAAUGGGGGCGAGGACGCGAAGUUUGUUGUUCUCGGGGAAAAGGGGAAGGUCCAGAUCCAGCGUGACUCGAAGCAAUACAUCUCACUAAAUAUCACGGAGCUAGUAAAGUACCCGCUAAACUUCACCCAGGUCUCCGUGAUGGCGGACGAGAUCUUGAAGAAUGUGGAGUACGAUGCGAUCAAGGUGAUAUUCAACAAGUUCGCCUCCAUGGUGAAGUUCUACCCGAGUGUGACCACGAUCUUGGCGCCGGGAUCCAUCAAAACAUCGGAGACCGGUACACCUUCCGAGCUAGAUCUUUACGAAAUCGAAGGGCCAGACAGCAAGGAAGAGGCUUUGCAAAACCUUAGCGAGUUCCAAUUUGCUGCGGUGCUUUUCAACGCUCUGUUGGAGAAUGCCUCCAGUGAGGAGAGCUCUCGCAUGACGGCCAUGGACAACUCCAGCAAGAACGCAUCCGAUAUGCUCCAGAAGCUCACGCUCAAAUACAACAGAACUCGUCAAGCAUCCAUCACGACAGAGCUUAUCGAGAUUAUCUCCGGUGCCGCGGCGCUGGAAGCAGCGAAGUAAAACCAGAAGAAAGAAAUUCUCGCGAAGAACAACCUGGGAGAGAUUUUGCAAAGACUGCUGCGCUGCUCGAAUAAGAAGAGAGAAGAGAAUGAGAGACAAGAGAAUAAGUCGAGGCGAUUGAUCGAACCGGACAGUGGUAGGCUCUGCUUGCUCGCUUGCUCGCUCGCUUGGUUUACAUUUUUUUCUUUUCUUUGCUCUUGGAAUUCGUCUUGGAAGAAGGCGAAGAAGAAGAAGCGCUCAAAUGGUGAUGACAAACUUUCAAACCGGAUAAAAGGAGAUAGGCCAAGUAA